GAGAGCGUCAUGACGUCGUGCGUGCGUGGGCCUAGUGGCGCGGGCGGCGGGAGCCUCGGGCUGUGAUUGACCUGGCUGAGGAUUUAGCGCUGUUUGACACGCGUACGUUUGCUUGAGCCCCCUGCCUGGGAAUGGAAGGAGAGGUUUGGCAGUGACCCGCGGACCAGCAAUGGUUGUCCCCCUGAACGACACCCCGUCCCCUUCCAGCAUGGUGUCAGACGUGGUGUUUGUCAUCGAGGGAACAGCAAACCUAGGGCCGUACUUUGAGUCUCUGCGGAAUCAUUACAUUCUCCCCGCAAUUGAGUAUUUUAAUGACGGUCCCCCGGCAGAAACUGAUUUUGGAGGCGAUUACGGAGGCACACAGUACAGUUUAGUUGUAUUCAACACGGUGGAUUGCGCUCCAGAGUCGUACGUGCAGUGUCACGCUCCCACCAGCAGCGCCUACGAAUUUGUCACCUGGCUCGACAGUAUUCAGUUCAUGGGUGGCGGAGGUGAGAGCUGCAGUCUGAUUGCGGAGGGGCUCAGCACAGCACUGCAGCUGUUUGAUGACUUCAAGAAAAUGCGGGAACAAAUAGGGCAGACUCGCAAGAUCUGUGUUUUGAUCUGUAACUCUCCUCCUUACCUCCUGUCGGCUGUGGAGAGCACCACGUACUCUGGCCUGACCACCGACAGACUGGUGCAGAUGAUCGGGGAUAGAGGGAUCCAUUUCUCAGUUGUGUCCCCACGUAAGCUGCCCGCCCUGCGGGUGUUAUUUGAGAAGGCAGCUUUGGGCGGCGUUAUCGAGACACAGCUGAAGGAUUACAGCCAGGACCCUCGCCAUAUGAUCAUGAUUCGGGGGAUCGUGCUCCCAGGUGGGGGCACAGUAGCGGCCAACACUGUGCCUCAGAAGCCCAUCCCUCCACAACCGCCGAUGCAGCCGCAACCGAGCCUGUUGUCCAGCCAGUCGCAGGCUUCACAACAAUCGCAGUCUCAGCCUCCGUCACAGCCCCAGGCAAUGCCUUCCAUCUCACAGCCAUACCAGGGACCGGUGGCCACGGGCUCGCUAGCCGGGGCGCAGGCUGCCGCUCAGAUCGCCCUGGAAACGGCAACCAACCAGGCAAAGGCUGCCGUCGUCCCAGCAACUAAUCGAUUUCCUGCUGUCAACCAGAUCGCUCCGGCAUCCGGCGCUGGGGCCAUGAUCAGCCAGGCGAGCUCGCAGACACUAGCGCCCAGCCCCGUGGCCAGUUUGGCCAAAGUCAUCCCAUCCAACACGUCCUUGAUGACGGCGGCGGCAGCGGUGGCCCAGUCCGGCCUGGUCUCCACGGUAACCACCGGCAUCCCACAGACCACGCCGCAGGCCCCACCGCAGUCCCUGACUGUGGGUGUUGGAACAAGCUCUGGCAAUGUGUGUGGAGUAACUGUUGCUCCCACUCCCCCCCCUGGCUCAGUGGCCAACAAAAUCCUGGCUUGGAAUGGGGUCCUGGAGUGGCAGGAGAAACCCAAGCCUUCACCGGCAGACAUGAAUGCGAAACUCACUCGUUCACUCCCGUGCCAGGUGUAUGUGAAUCCAGGAGAGAACCUGAAGACAGACCAAUGGCCUCAGAAACUCAUCAUGCAGCUUAUCCCACAGCAGCUGCUGACAACUCUCGGACAUCUGUUCCGCAAUUCUCGAAUGGUCCAGUUCCAGUUCACCAACAAGGAUUUGGAAUCGUUGAAGGGGCUUUACCGAAUCAUGGCCAAUGGAUUUGCAGGCUGCGUUCACUUCCCGCACAGCGCACCGUGCGAGGUCCGGGUCCUCAUGCUGCUCUACUCCUCCAAGAAGAAAAUCUUCAUGGGCCUGAUUCCCAAUGACCAGAGCGGUUUUGUGAACGGCAUCCGUCUGGUCAUCACCAACCACAAGAAAGCCCAACAGCAGAAAAUUGAGCAGCAGAGAAGCCAGCUGGGAGGAUCGCAGCCGAUGGCAGCCGGGCCCAUCCCCAAUGUAGGGUUCAUGCAGAAGCCCCCUGGAGCCAUGCCUGUGCAGCAGCAGCAGCAGAUGCCGGGUCAGUCAGUGGCAACGUCCAUUCCACAGGUUCACACGGUCACCACGUUGGACGAUCAGCAACGGCAGCAGAAUCUGCAGCAGCAGAUGCAGCUGAGAGUGCAGCAGCAGCAGCAGCAGCAGCAGCAGCAGGCAGCCACGCAGCAGCAGUCCAGCGGUCCUCCUCCCAACCAGCCCGCAGCAACGCAACAGGCCGGCACCCUGCUGCGCCCGCCCAACCCCGGCGCAAACCCACAGCUACGCAGCCUGCUGCUGAGUCAGCAGACAUCACAGAGUGGAGGACCACAGCCUGGGCAGCCCAUGCAUCACAUCCAGCAACAAGCCUCCCAGAUGAUGCCUCACCAGUCCAUGGGGCAGCCCAUGCCACACCACCCCCAAGGGCAGCAGCUGCAGAUGCCAGGGCAACAGCUAAUGCACCAAGGUGGGCAGCCCUGGGGCAACCAGAUGGCACAGCGACCACCGCUACAAGGCCAAAUGAUGAUGAGCGCAGGCCCACGCGGACCUGUACCUCCGGCUGGGAUGCAGCAAGGGACCAGCUUGUUGGAGGAAGAAAUCCUCAUGGACCUCAUCUGAGAUCUCCCUCCCUCCCUCCCUCCCAGAGACUGACCUCUCGUCUCACCAGGGGCGGUUGUGUGAGGCUCGCAAGGCCUUGUGUACAGUAGGACCAUGGGGUGCCCCCAAAGCGCAUUCUCCUUCGACUUGGCUUCCACCAACCAGCGGACAGUGUUUGGGAACUGGCUGAGUCUGUGUCUCUGACUUUU